UCCAAAUUCGAGCAGGAACUCGCCUUUGUCCAGUCCCUCGCUAGUCCAGCCUACCUGCGACACCUCGCCGAAACAAGCCUUCUGCACGACCAAGCACUCGUCGCGUAUCUAGCUUACCUGCGCUACUGGCAAUCUCCAGAGUACGCACGCUUCAUCAGCUAUCCGGCCAGUCUGCUACACCUAGAGCUCCUACAAAAUCCUGCCUUUCGUGCAGACCUCAUCAACGAGUCCGUCUCCAAACAACUCAACGACGCGUUGUACUUUGAUUGGUUG